ACACUGAGAAAAAUGGACCAAAUAGGUUACUUUGCUGUGACGAUCUAUUUGUGGUUAAUAGAUUUUUGUUAAUGGCAGCAAAAUAACUAAUAAUGGUAAAUUGCUCAACUAUUAACAGCAGCAAAAACUAUCCACUAAAGAUCGUUUUGCUGCUACAAAUAGUUAGUUUCUUGCGGUUAAUAAAAAAAUCGGUUAAUCUAUUUGCUGUAAGCAAGCUUCGAUUUGGGACAAAUAAAUCGUAUUACUACGAUGUGGAUGUUAGUGAUAAGUUAGGUGUUCAUUUACUGCAACUUAGCUCCUUUUAGCUACAAAUAAAAAAGGUUGCUGCUACAAAUAAAUGAGUAAACUUAUUUGCUUUAUUAUCAUUUUAAGAGUGCGUGCUUUCUCAGUGUAUGCAGGUAGUUCGUGGGUGUAACAUAUACAAUACCUACAGCUGUGAGUUCGUGUGAAUUACGUACCUACUUGUUUUGUUACAAUUAGCUUACCGUAAUAUAAAUGGAUUAUAAGAAACUAUUGGAAGCGUGGGGUAUGAGUAAUUACAUAGAAGCCUUCGAAGAUGAUGGAAUUGACGAUGAGAGCUUUCCGAUAUUGGAUUCCGAGACGAUAGCGAAACUUUUCCCUAAAAGUGGACCACGAUUGAUAUUUAAAAAGAAAUACAAUGAAAUGUUUCCCACUCCUGCUACUUCAAAGAGUUUUGAAGUAGAAUCAAGUGAUCUCUAUAACUGCAGUACUCCAGCAUCAGUGUCAACUUAUACCACAAAUGAGUCUAUUAUAACUGAUCUAGAUGUCAGUUUCGUUCCAGAUCAAGAACUAUUAGAUGUAAUAGAAAAUAUUGGUAAUAAAGUCUCUGAAAAACGAAAGAUUGACGAUCCCUUGGAUAAUACCCCUUCCUGCAGUAAGAAGCAGCAAACUGGACUUGGAGAUAUAGAUAGUGUUUUCCCGGAGGGUUUGGAACGGGUACUACAAAAGUAUACAGACGGGAAACUUGUCUUAUUAAACCGAAACAAAUUAACUAAUGAUUUACGACAGAAAUUGGUAAAAGUGGCUGUAAAUGAGCUUUUUGCCAACAAAGGAUCAGAUAUUAGAGGAAGUACGUUCAUGAGAAUUGCCGAAGAGAUUACCAUACUAUUUCCUAAUGAAAAGUCCGAAACAUAUUAUAUACCAUAUAUAGUUACGGAAAAAAAAAAGAGGGGCGUUGGUCCCAAAGGGAAACUAUGGUCAAGGUACACAAACGUACGCACUGCACUUCGAAACGCAAAUGCAUUUAAAGAAAAUGAAAAUCCCAAUAAACCGUCAGAACAAAGCCAAAGCCCAAAUAAAGAAUUACAGCUCGAGUUUUUAAAGACAGCUACCGAACCUUACCUGAAAAUCUUGGCAAAUUGGCAAGAAACUUAUUCGUUGCGAAGAAAAUUGUACCUUAAUUCCAACUUGGAAACGAUUUUCACAGACUUUCCAUGUCUUAGGUUGAGUAGUGGCAUUGAACUGAUAGAAACAGAUUUCAACCAAAAAUUUCCUGAUAAAAUAGAUAUUAUAUAUACAACAUGGCCUAAAGUGAUGAAUGCAAUUAAUAAAGAGGCAGCGGAACGAAAUAUUUCAAUAGCUGAAGUUGCAGAUCCCAGUUUAAAAGCAUUAAUUACUUUACCAUUCCUAUUUCAACCUGUAACGUUGAAAAAAAAUAGAAAAGGUGUUAGUUGGAGACCUACAAGGGUGGAAGUGCAGGAGAGCUUUUUUAUGCGAAUUUCUAAUUUUGACGAAUUACAAGAAAAAAGAUCAUCCAGACGUCAAAAAUUGUCAACGUAUGGUAUAUCGGACCAGCCAUAUGCUUGCGUAGCGGGGAAUUUGGAGGCUGUAAACAACUUCUACAUUGUCGUGGUAAAUGAUGUUGUUUACAAAGUAGACAGUAGCAUUAGAGCUCUGGAAUUAUUAUUUAAAUUAUACCACGCUUUGGAUGUGGAGUAUCCUGCAGAAUCCGAGCAUAUUUGGCUAUUUAUCCAAGAGAUUGUUUUUAAUAUAAAAUCAAGUAAGUCAAGUCCUGCAACCACUGCGCUUAUUACAGACGUACAAUACCAUAUGUAAAUAGUAUUUUGUUUUUGUUUUUUUGUUAAAUUUUUGUAUGCGCGUUCUUAAUUUUUUACAUAAUGCCAAAAUGUAAGGUAUGUUCAACAAUAUUUCAGAAUAUUAAUUCACUUAUAACUCAUAUGAGAAUUCUACAUAGGGCUCAAGACAAUGAUUCCUUUAUUUGCGGUGAACCGUUGUGCAAUAGAAAUUUUUCAUCGCUAAGAACUUAUAGACAACAUCUAAAAGUACAUGUUGAAUGCGUUCCCAUUAAUGAACGGAAUACGACUGUGGACAAUAGUAUACUGGCAACAAAUUUAGAAGUGCAAUGUAACGAUUCAAAUACUAACGCAAGCAUUAUUUCUCAACAAAUAAAUCAACAGAUUAAUGACAUUGAAAAUAAUCUUGAAAGUACCACUUUCCAAAACAGUUUUUUUGACUUUGCAGACAUAUUAAAAAAAAAUAAGCUAUUAUUUCUAUGCCAAAUUUAUAAUGUAAACACCUUCAAUAGGAAGGAUGUAGAUAACAUUAUGAAUAUGGUGUCAAAUUUACUUUUAAAACCUCUUGACAUGCUUAAAAAAUUUUGCGUAAAUCUUGAUUCGCUGUCAGAACGAGAUAAGUUUGAGUUCAAAAAGUAUUUUAAUGAAUUUGAGAAUAUGUUUAG